AUGGAUAAUAAUAUGGAGGAUGACGAUGUUGAUAUGCCAUAUGCGCCGCCUCUGCAAAAUGCGAAUACCUCUCGCUGUCCAAAUAACGAAGCUUCGCGGAAUGGUACGCAACCGCCCAGUACCCGGUAUCCACCGCUCAUGAAUCCUUGGGCAGGCUACCAGGCAGGCUACAAUACGGCCUCUACCAUGUAUGGCACUUCAAAUUAUCCCUCAAGCCCGUAUGGUAGUGCAAGUUCGAACUAUGCCAGUCCAAGUUAUGCCGCCCAUUGGUCUCAAAAUUCGCGUGCUCAGGGAAUUCCAUAUCACGAUUUUACAGACUUUCAACAUCAUAAUUCAGAGCCACCUGUUAGCAGAUCCUUCCCUACAUUACCUCCUAUGUCAGGCCCUCCCGAGUACAACUCUUGGACGGGACCUUGGCCUCAUAAUUCUCGAGCUAUGCCAAUGUUCGCCAAUGAAAAUUCUAUAGCGGACAACAAUAAUACCCCCAAAGAUUGGGGAACGAUGGCGUUCCAGGCGCUUCACUGGAACAAGGUAAUCCCCAACUUCAACUACCCCAUUUCUCUAUUGAGAGAUCUUUUUUUCUUCCAACAACGAAGGCGGGAGCGGGAACGUGAGUUACGACAUCGAUAUGCCCCCAAGGUACUAAUUCGGAAGCCUUUUUUUUAUAUAGUUGGGCCUGCGUCUUCACACGUUCCUACUUCUACCGGCAGCUCUGAAUGGGAUCGAUCAAGUGCUAGAUCGGGACGUCGUUUGGCUGAUGUUCAACGUAGAGCAGCGUUGGGCCGUGUUAGUCGUCCCGGUAGAGAUUCGGAUACAGACGAAGAAGAAUGGGGAGAAAGCGACGAAGAUGAUGAUGUCAUGGGAGGAUUCGCAACUGCUCAAAUGCAGUUGUUAGACAACACCACCUUUGCUUCUGUUUUACGCAGUCGUGGCGUUAGCUUGAGUCGUGCUCUUGAUCUGGGGGUUGAUGGCAAAGGAACGCCGUCCAAAAAGUUUUUGUCUUCACUCCAGAAAAUGAAUGUUGAUGCUCUGACGCAAGAAGAACGCAGUUGUUCGAUUUGCUACGAAGAAAUCGGCGUGGCGAAUCCCGAAGGCGUGAUUGAACAGCCGUUACGUAUGCCCAAGUGUAAACAUAUAUUUGGAGAUGUCUGUCUCAAGACAUGGUUCAAGGAAAACGACAGCUGUCCGUACUGCAGGGACAAAGUUCCCACACAAUCCACAAGGAAGGUGAUUGAGCAGCUGGUACGGCAGCAAAUGCGAUAUCGCCAUAACACAACUGCCCGUUCCGCUGAAGCCGGCCUUAUCAAUUCAGGCGCACUUGAUCCACAGGACUAUCACACACCAGUCUGGUCAGCUGCCGAUACUGUGGAAAGCCGACGUCGCGUUGCCCGAGGAAGAAUGGCCGGAUUUGGGACAGCACCAGCACCUCCAGGAAGACGUCCCAGUUUGAUGAGUCCUAACAGACUCUACACUCCCACUUCACAGCUGCAAAAUGAAGUCAAUCCCUUUCAAGCACAUUCACGGCAUAACUCGAACUCGGAAGGAGUCUCACCCGGAACAAUGGGCGCAUCAAUCACGAAUAAUGGACACCGGCAGCCCGCACCGCUCACAACUAACUCGUUGGGACACUCGGCAAAUUCGACGGGUUACAUGUUUCCAACAAACUUGUCCCCGGGAUCUUCUGCAGUGUCAAAUACUUUUAUGCCCCCACCCGCACCCUCUUAUUCCCAACACAGACCGAGCGGGUUCGGAUCUAUGGGAACUCCGGCAUUUGAUUCAACCGAAAGCGUGAAUCCCGGCCAACAUCACAAUUACCAAUCUCCAGUUUACCAACAAGAAGAUUCUGUUGCCUUUCAAAACCAGCAGCUGGCUCGUGGUUUUGGAUUUCAAACCCAACAACAAGCUCAGCAGUAUCAGCGGAAUCACCAAACUGAGCAACAACUUCAACAGCACCAGCAAACUCGGCAACGGGAACAUGAGCAGCAGAGACAGAGAGGAGGUAGAGAUGCUGAGCUUUAUCCCGCUCCGAAUGGGGACAUGGGAGACUUUUGA